AUGGUUCGACUUUUGAGCCCGACCUUGGUUCUCCUCGCUGCCCUGCAGUUGAGUGGAGCCAGCCCAUCAGUUGUGACCCUCACCUCGAGCUAUACCAGCACCGCGAUAACGACUAUCACCACCUCCAUCCCGAGUGUCUCCAUCACCAGCACCUGCAGCGUGGGUACGGUCGCACCGACGGGAUGUGCCAAUACCAUCUGGUAUGAUGCAGGGAACUACUGGUCGGCCACUUGCACUACCUCCGCCUACAGUGCCAGUACCACCAAGAUGACCUACUCCUGGGUCAGCGUCUCCCAAUGCGCCGAUGUGUGCACCCACUACAGCAACUGCGCGGGUGUCAACUGGGACGACAGCGAGACUUGCCGGAUCCUCGCCGGGUCGCUGGAAUUGGUGCCAGCUGCGAGCAGUGUUUUGGCCGCCGAGCUCUUUCUUUUCAACCCCUGUACCUCGCGAGUGACCUCGUAUGUUCCGGAGACUUUGACGCGCACCUCGACUACCGAGCAUACAUCCUUGAUUGUCUCGACCAUCACUCCUACUCCCAAUCCGACACCCACCCCCACUUCCACAUCAUCCUCUUCGGCGCAUCUCAUACCAUCCUCGUCAAGCUCUCCGGUUCUCUCACCAGCCACAUCAGCGCGUCAGAGCUCCUCAGCUCCCGCCACUCUUCCCCACUCAUCCGGAAGCCCCUCGGCGACUCCUUCAUCCAUUGCCAGCACCAGAUCCUCCGCAAUUAUCUCCCCUAUCACCAGCGCUGCGCCCACACCAUCCAGUGCGACGGAUGAAAUUGAAACGCUGUAUUCCACCAUCUACACCACCGAAUUGGUGACCUUUUUCACGGAGUGUGCGUUCUGA